AUGCAUUUAGUAAACUCAAGAAGUACGCGGAACAGAACACCAAAGAUGAUAAUAAUUUAGUGCCUGAAAUAAAACUGAAUGACCAAAAUUUAGUACCUGAAGUGCCUCCGAAAACGAAAGGAACUGAUAGUAAUAAUAUAGAUGAUAAUAAUAUUGACCAUGAUAAUGUUACAUCCACCUUAGAAAAAAGUCUUCCAGUUAAAUCUAAUAGUUGUACACAUGAAAGGGUUGAACACUUUUAUCAAGAAAUCUCUGAUAAAAAUGAUGCAAGUAGUGCAAAAUUGGAGUUGGGCCAGAAUAGUUUGGAUAAUGAUGUUUUAUCAAGUGGUAGCAGUUUGGGUAUUGUUGAAUGUUUAGAUAAAAUUGAAAAACUAGAAGAAAGCCAUGCUGAUGUGCCUUCAAAACCAAGUGUUGAGAUUGUGGAUAAAUCUUUAGACAAAAAAGUUGAUAACAUCAGUCUACCUUACCUCGAUCCCUUACCAACUCCUUCAGACUUCAGCGAAGUAUCCCUAAACCUAUCCACAUCAACCCCAGAUGAAGUGGAUAAGUUUAAGGAUAAUCGUGACAGUUACGAAUACUGGCAAGAAAGAAUCAAAAUCCGCGAACCUAACCACAUUUCUCGGUCAAAAUCCGUGAAGAUCUCAAAGGCUUGGCGCGGUUUCAAAGGAUUCCUCGAGGACGAGAAGCGAAAAUUGGACAAAUUGGUUUCGAGCAGGAUGAAUGAUGUCAUGAGAAAAAGGACUUUGGCGGAAAUGGAUGUUGAUGUUGCCGAUGGAGCAUCAUCUGAUGUUGGAUGUCGUGCUUUGGUAAAGAAUGAGGAUUUUUUCAAUGCUAAUAGGGAGAAAUUUGAGGCGGCCGAUGCUGCAAAGGCGCAAGGUCAAAAUGGGUACGAGGACCUCAGACGUUAUAUUAAAUCCGGUGAAGAUCUCAACAAAGAAUUGGCAACCAUAUUACAAGAGAGGGCCGAAGCAGAGAUGACAUACGCAAAACAAUUAUGCAAACUUAGUUCCAAACUAAACCGUGCGUGUCGCGACAGUCGUGGAGGAGUCGCCCAAGCCCUCAGAGGCGUGGCCAGCGAUAUGGAAGGCCGGGGAGACGUUCAUAGGCAAUUCUCAAAUUCUCUAAGCGAAGAGAUCGUGAGGCCGCUGAGACAACUUGCAGAUGCUCAGCACAGAACUCGCAAAUCUGCAGAAUUGGUCUGUGAUAAAUCCCUGAGACAAUUGUCGGAAUGGAGAGCUGCCGAAGCCAAAGCCAAAAAACAGUCGCACCAGGCUGCCAGGGAGAACGAGAAGCUGCAGGAUGCAUCGCUCGACGCCAGGUUAGCAAGGGCUCCAAGCCUAGCUCUAAUGAACCAUUCCAACCAUGCCAAAAUGCAUCCUCAGCCAAUAAACCAAAACCACCAGAAUCAGGCUGCCAAUAACCAAAACAACCACCAAUCUGAAAAAGAUGCUGCCAGGACCGAGCAGAAAAGAAAGAAGGCUGAAUUGGCUGUGAAAAAGGCUGACGUGGAAUACUAUACACUUUGUGUUCGGGCUGAAAGGGCUCGAUUGGACUGGGAGAGUUCAGUUACAAGAGCUUGUCGCGUUUUGGAAGCCCUGGAACGAGAACGUGUAAUCAGAGUCAAAGGAGCUAUUGGUACUUAUUGCGAAUUGUCGGAGCAAUGUGCUCCCCUGAUGGGAGCGCAAAGGGAGACUCAAAGGGCGCUCGCCAGGUGCGAUCCUGAUGUCGAGUUGGAACACGUUCAGGCCAUCAGAAGGUAA